AUUUAUAUCUCUCCUCUCUCCCCCCCAUUUUAGAGUCUUGCUCUCUGCCUCUCUCCUUGAUCCGCCGUCUAACUUGGCAAAGAUCUCUCUGUUCGACUCUUACUGUAGAGACUUUUUUUUUUCCUCUGUUUCUUUCUCUCAUUUGAGAGAUCCAGAUCUUAGUUGUUGAAAUGGCAACAGCAAAAGGCUCAACUGGAUGGUACAGUGGAAAAGUGAAAGCUGUUCCGUCAGGGGACACUUUGGUAUUAACGGCCAAGUCUAGCAAUAGGCCUGGCCCUCCGCCUGAGAGGACCAUUAGUUUGUCGUAUCUUGUCGCUCCAAGACUGGCCCGAAGAGGUGGUGUUGAUGAACCCUUUGCCUGGGAGAGCAGAGAGUUUUUGAGGAAACUCUGCAUAGGAAAGGAUGUCACGUUCAAGAUUGAUCCCACUGCACCAAACGUUGGCCGAGAAUUUGGAAUUGUGUUUAUAGAUGACCGAAAUGUUGGAACUAUAAUGGUUUCAGAAGGCUGGGCAAAGGUCAGGGAGCAGGGUCAGCCGAAAGGUGAUGCCAGUCCUUUUCUUGCUGAAUAUCAAGUCCAUGAAGAACAAGCAAAGCAAAAGGGUCUAGGUCGAUGGAGUAAGACACCUGGUGCUGCUGAGGCAUCCAUCAGAAAUCUUCCUCCCUCUGCCAUUGGUGAUCCUAGUAACUUGGAUGCCAUGGGUCUGCUUGCUGCAAACAAGGGCAGGCCCAUGCAAGGUAUUGUUGAGCAAGUUCGUGAUGGCAGUACUGUUCGUGUGUAUUUGCUUCCAGAUUUCCAGUUUGUCCAGGUGUUUGUUGCAGGAAUCCAGGGCCCAUCAAUGGGUAGAAGAGCUACACUAGAAACUGCUGCGGAAAAAGUCCUAAACUCUGAUGAGCAAAAUGGAGAUGCUUCUGAACCUCGAGCCCCUUUAACGUCAGCACAGAGACUCGCAGUCUCAGCAGCAACAUCAUCAGAAGUUGCUCCUGAUCCAUUUGCACUGGAAGCGAAAUACUUUACUGAGCAACGUGUAUUAAAUAGAGAUGUCCGUAUUGUCUUGGAAGGAGUUGACAAAUUCAGCAACUUGAUUGGAUCAGUAUAUUAUCAGGAUGGGGAAUCGGCAAAGGACUUGGCGUUGGAGCUUGUGGAAAAUGGUCUAGCUAAAUAUGUUGAAUGGAGUGCAAACAUGAUGGAAGAUGAUGCUAAACGCCGGCUGAAGAAUGCGGAACUUCAAGCUAAGAAAAACCGCUUGAGGAUCUGGACAAACUAUGUGCCCCCUCCAACAAAUUCAAAAGCAAUUCAUGACCAGAACUUCACAGGAAAGGUAGUGGAGAUUGUAAGUGGUGAUUGCAUCAUUGUGGCCGAUGAUUCCGUCCCAUAUGGAAGUCCAUUGGCAGAAAGACGGGUCAAUCUUUCGAGUAUUAGGUGCCCGAAAAUGGGAAAUCCUCGCAGAGAUGAAAAGCCAGAGAACUAUGCACGGGAAGCUAAGGAUCUUCUCAGACGUCGCCUUAUUGGGCAGCAAGUGAAUGUGCAAAUGGAAUAUUCUAGAAAGGUUACCAUGGGAGAUGGAGCUAUGCCUGCUUCUGGAUCUGGGGACUCGAGAAUAAUGGAUUUUGGAUCAGUUUUCCAGUUGUCUUCCUCUGACGGUGAUGGUGAUGAAGUGUCAGCAGCUUCAUCAACUGGUAGCAAUCAGCAACCUGGGCUUAAUGUUGGUGAGUUGAUGGUUUCCCGUGGCUUUGCCACUGUGAUUCGGCAUAGGGACUUUGAGGAAAGAUCAAAUUAUUAUGAUGCCCUUCUUGCUGCUGAAUCACGGGCUAUUGCUCAGAAGAAAGGAAUGCAUUCUGGCAAGGAGUCUCCAGUAUCGCAUAUACUAGAUCUCACCACGCAAUCAUCCAAGAAAGCAAAAGAAUACUUGCCUUUCCUGCACCGGGGCAGAAAAAUUGCUGCUGUAGUGGAAUAUGUGCUCAGUGGUCACCGUUUUAAGGUUUUAUGUCCCAAGGAGACAUGCAGCAUUGCGUUUUCAUUUUCUGGUGUUAGGUGUCCCGGUCGUGAUGAGCCAUAUUCAGAUGAGGCAAUUGCACUAAUGAGACGAAGGAUAAUGCAGAGGGAUGUUGAGAUUGAAAUAGAAACUGUUGAUAGAACUGGAACGUUCUUGGGAACCCUGUGGGAAGCAAAGACUAACAUGGCAACAGUUCUUCUUGAAGCUGGGCUUGCAAGGUUGCAAACUUCCUUUGGCCUUGACAGGAUUCGUGAUGCUCAUCUUCUUGAACAGGCUGAGCAGUCUGCAAAAAAGAAGAAACUGAAAAUUUGGGAGAAUUAUGUUGAAGGAGAGGAAGUCUCUAAUGGUCCAGCUGUUGAAAGCAAACAGAAAGAAGUGCUAAAGGUGGUGGUUUCAGAAGUCCUGGGUGGUGGCAAGUUCUAUGUACAGGCUGUUGGGGAUCAAAAAGUUGCCUCUAUUCAGCAACAACUUGCUUCCCUGAAUCUCCAAGAAGCUCCUGUGAUUGGCGCUUUUAAUCCUAAGAAAGGUGACAUUGUACUUGCUCAGUUCAGUGCAGAUAAUUCAUGGAAUCGAGCAAUGAUUGUGACUGCACCUCGUGGAGCAGUGGAAUCCAUGAAAGACAGGUUUGAGGUGUUCUACAUUGAUUAUGGAAAUCAGGAGGAGGUCAUGUACAGUCAGUUACGGCCCCUUGAUCCAUCAGUCUCGCUGGCACCUGGUCUUGCUCAGCUGUGCAGUCUUGCAUAUAUUAAGGUUCCAAGCUUGGAAGAGGAUUAUGGUCCAGAAGCAGCUGAGUAUUUGAGUGAUCAUACAUUAAACACCUCAAAAGAGUUUAUGGCAAAGGUAGAGGAGAGGGAUACUUCUGGAGGAAAAGUCAAAGGACAGGGAACUGGAUCAGUUCUUAUCGUAACUUUGGUUGCUGUGGAUUCUGAGAUCAGUGUAAAUGCAGCCAUGGUACAGGAAGGAUUGGCUAGGAUAGAAAAGAGGAAGAAGUGGGACUCCAAGGAAAGACAGGUGGCCCUAGACAAUUUGGAGAAGUUCCAGGAUGAAGCACGCUCUGCUAGACGUGGAAUAUGGGUAUAUGGAGAUAUCCAGUCAGAUGAUGAAGACAUGGCCCCUCCAGUUAGAAAGACUGGUGGUCGCCGAUGAUUAUAACUUAGAUAAACUGGAUUAAGUGGAAGGAACAAAAAAAACAAGAAGACAUGAUUGGCGCGAGGUGAGAUUUAAGUUAUAGGAAAUGUCGUUCCAUUUUAGAACAUGAGAGUAAACAAAUGUUGCAGCGUAAACUGGAGUUUUGUUUUUUUUGUUUUUUUUUUCUCCUUUUUCUUUUUGUUCUAAAAUUUCCAUUGUAGUUGAGGGGACAAUUUUUUCAUACAUUCCUUAAUAAGGUAAACUAAAUCCAGUUUGGUCCAGUCGCUAUGUGAAAACAUUAUAAACAAGUUUUGCUGCGAAAUGGAGUUAAUAGUGUGUCAGUAUU